AGGAAGGUGGUGGUGGGGUCUUUCAGAUGAAGAGGCAGGCUGCUGUCGUGGUACUUUUCUCCCGCCACAAAAAUCUUUUAACAAAGCUUUCUUGGUCUCGUCUUGGACAGACAGGCAUGUAGAUGUAUGUAUACAGACAUACAUACGUAUAAACUCUCUCUUGUCGACCUGUGACGCUGAAGAAUUAGUGGUGAGUUUGCAAAGAGGGAAGAGAAUUAAGCAACAAUGCCUCCAAAGAAGAGAAUUGGCGAUGAUGACGCCAGUUUAAAUGUGAAAAGACGUCGGAAGAAGAAUGGCGAAGACAUGGAAUUCGGUAACAAUUCCAGUUUGGAUGCUGAUUCUGAUGAUGAAAAUUUGGAUAUUAAACUGGAAGGGUCCCUCGUAAACGGAGAAGUGUUGUUUGCUGGAGGUACCAAUUGGUGUAUGGUUGGACGAAGCCAUCUACCUAAAGGAGUGAAGAAUGGUGGCGGUCACAACCUAUGGGGACCGCAUCGUAUAGCCAACCUUUGCGGAGUGAGGGUGCGUACAGUGGUCUCUGGCUGCACAGCUUGUCAUUGUGUUGUCAUCACGGCUGAAGGUCAAGUCAUGACAUGGGGUCGCAAUGAAAAGGGCCAGUUGGGCCACGGAGAUGAUAUCCGCAAAGAUAGCCCCACCGUGGUUGAAAGUUUAGCCAACGAUGUGAUCAUCGAUGCUGCUUGUGGUAAGAACCACACCCUUUUCCUAACAGAGAGAGGUAAGGUUUAUGGUUGCGGAGACAAUAAGAUGAGCCAACUUGGUAUUGGUCACCAGAGUCCUUGUGUACCAACCCCUGUCAGAAUCCAUUACAAAGGUCCACCAGUGCGGAAAGUGGCCUGUGGCGCAGAGUUCAGUAUGAUAGUUGACAUACGCGGUAACCUGUACUCCUUUGGAUGUCCAGAACAUGGUCAGCUAGGUAACAACUCUGAUGGGAAAUACUUUGUAACCAGCAAUAAACUGUCGUUCAAGUGUGAACUGGUGCCAAAGAAACUUCAUGUGUUUAUUGAGAAGACCAGAGAUGGCCAUAUCAUUCCUGUCACUGAUGUGGAGAUUAGAGAUGUUUCCUGUGGAUUGAAUCACACGGUAGCACUCGAUUCCAAAAAACGGGUGUUCACUUGGGGUUUCGGUGGCUAUGGACGAUUAGGGCACUCGGAACCAAAGGACGAGUUUGUGCCACGGCACCUGAAAUUCUUUGAUGGACCAAACCGAGGUGCAGGCCAGAUAUUUUGCGGCUCAACAUUUUGUCUUGCUGUCAAUGAAUUAGGUAGCCUGUAUUUCUGGGGUCAGACAAAAUCAACAGGUGAGGCCUCCAUGUACCCGAAACUGGUUCAGGACUUAUCAGGAUGGAGAGUGAGAAGUGUUGGCUGCUGCAACAAGAGUAUUGUCGUUGCUGCUGAUGAAAGUGUUGUAAGCUGGGGACCAAGUCCUACAUAUGGAGAACUGGGUUACGGAGAGAACAAGCCUCACUCCUCUACAGUGCCGCAGGAGGUCAAGACUCUGGACGGCAUCUACAUCCACGGCGUCGCCUGCGGCUACGGCCACUCACUCUACCUGGCGCGGGCAGACACCGAAGCCAACAGACAGAAACUGGAACGAUUGCCAGUCUUCUCACCAUAAAUAUCACCAAACCCCACUCGGGCCCACUUUCUCUUCUUGCUCCUCCCCCUCCACUUAACCCCUCCUCCUCCUCUCCAAUUUUCAUUAUUCCCCUCCCACCCCUCCCCAUGUCCUCACUCUAUCUCCUCCUCUUCUAUUUCCUCUUCACGCCAUAUAAUUCCAUUUUGCCUUCCAUUUAUCCAAAGUCAGUUAUUUUCAUCUGUUCCAUUCAUCUUAUCCUUUUUUUUUCAUUCAUUUUAUUACUAUUAUUAUUAUUAUUAUUAUUAUUAUUAUCAUACUUGACGGCAAGGUGGCAGAAUCAUAACCACGCUGGACUAAAUGCUUAGUUGCAUUUCAUCAGGCUUUACGUUCUGAGUUCAAAUUCCGCCAGGGUCGACUUUGCCUUUCAUCCUUUCAGGGCCAAUAAAACAAGUACCAGUUGUGCACUGGGGUUGAUGUAAUCGACCGAUCCACUCCUACAAAAUUUCCAGCCUAGAGUCAUGUCUAUAAUACAAAGAAAGAAUUUUAUCAUUAUUAUUAUUAUUAUUAAGGCGGCGAGCUGGCAGAAUCGUUAGCACACCGGACAAAAUACUUGGAAGCAUCUCACCCGUCUUUACGUUCUGGGUUC